AUGGGUUCCACUGAAGCAUCCUCAUCGGAUACCGUCAUCGUGCUCAUUGUUAUCCUUCUCGGCAUUGCCAUUCCAAUUAUCAUCUUCUGGGUGCUCAUCAUCUGGUGUUCUCGUCGUAAGAGAAAGAGGAUGGCCGCAUUCAGCAAGGCUGCUGCUCAACCCGAUCCAGUCGCUGAUGAUCCGGAACCUGCAGCUCCCGCCAAUCCUGCUGCUCCCUCUCCUGCGUCAGGUGCUAAAGAUGGAGAAGGUGCAGCUGCAAAAUCUGGAAAAUCGGCGAACAAGUCUGUAGAAGGAGCAGCAAAAUCCGGAAAAUCUGAAGUGAAGUCUAAGGAGCAGACUCAGUCGGGAGCUGAUCCAAAUGAUGAGUAG